GCCUAGGAGACGGGAGAUCCUCGGACUUGUCGUGCUGCUCUUGCUGCUAGCUCAGUGCUCCGGGUGCAGCAGGAGCUGAUGGGUGCAGGGAGGCUGUGUCUCUGACUAUACUUGAAGGGGGGCUGGAGCAGGUGGGCGGCCCGGGCUCUGCAGUUGGACCGGUGGAUGUGUGCUGGAUGAAUGCCUAAAGCUUCGGGAAAAGAUCUCUCGUCAGAUACGGAAGGUCUCCAUUACAAAUUAGCGAGAAAAAAUGGAAUCUUCUUUGCUACUGGAAACAAACACUUCACUCAAAAUGGUGUUGGUCCUGCUGCUGUGCUUGGUUGGCAGAACACUUUCUGAAGUUGGAGACUGCAGGGAGCAGGAGUAUUUUGACAACACUGGAAAUUGUAAGCCGUGCAGACAAUGUGGACCUGGAAAGGAGCCAUCAAAGGAAUGUGGUUUUGGAUAUGGGGAGGAUGCACAGUGCUUGCCCUGCAGGCCUAAUCGAUUCAAGGAGGACUGGGGCUUUCAGAAAUGCAAACCUUGCCUCGACUGUGCAACAGUUAACCGCUUGCAGAAAGCAAACUGUACAUCAACAAGCAAUGCCAUGUGUGGAGAUUGUUUGCCUGGAUUUUACAGAAAAACGAAACUUGGUGGUUUUCAAGACAUGGAGUGUGUCCCGUGCGGCAAUACUCCUCCCCCUUACGAACCUCACUGCAAUGCCAAAGUUAACCUUGUGAAGAUCCCUUCCACUGCUUCCAGUCCCCGGGACACUGCCCUGGCCGCUGUUAUAUGUAGCGCACUGUCCACUGUUCUGUUGGCUCUGCUCAUCCUCUCUGUUAUCUACUGCAAGAGGCAGUUCAUGGAGAAGAAACCAAGCUGGUCGAAGAGAUCACAGGAAGUCCAGUAUACUGGUUCAGAACUAUCAUGUUUUGACAGACCACGAGUAACGGAGCACGCAAUGAACACAUGUUGCCACUGUCAGCAGGGUCCAUCACAAGUGCGGGGCCCCGUUCACCUGAUUCCAUCCUUGUGUUGUGAGGAAACCCGCAGCGUAGAGCACGCCUGUGUGUUCCAGUCCCACAGCACCCUGUUUGAGGGCAAUGAAGACCCUCUAGCAGAAAUGAUUCCAACAUAUUUUGGCCCUGCCCCACACUCCUCCUGCAGAGAUCUUGCAGAGACUUGGCCCCUGAUGCAGAGCCCUGCUGCCAGAGAUAGCCCCUGUGCCUGUGAGCCGUAUGCGGAGCCUCCAGAAGGAGACAAAACCUCUGUGAAUGCAGGGAAUGAAGAUGUGAGCGCUAUACACGCACAUGAGCCCCACGGCCAAGAGCCGCCUGCGAGCAUGCAAUCUCCCAAACAUCUUGGCUUAUUAGAGCUGGCUGCCUGUCAGGCUGCUGAUGGAACGCAGGCAGAUGAAGAGGACGACUCUGACACAGAAGAUGAUAAACAGCCCGUCUGAUUGCUCCACUCACUUGUACCAGCAAUUCCAAUUUCAACGAACCAUAAAGGUUUUCUGGAAGAGAAGGACACGUUGCAGAAUGGUUUCCUCCCAGCGCAUAUGCUUGAUGAGGCCACAUAUAGUGAGGCUUGUAUAGAACUGAAGACACAUAUACAGGAAAAAAUGUUCUAGUUGUCCCAGUACACCUUAUCGACCCUGUGCGCAGUGUUCCGUCUCCCCAGUGAUGUAGAAACAUACGCGCUGCCACAUAUCUGUGUACAUACAGGCCGCCAUCGCUGACUUUGUACAGUAGAUUUGUUCUUCCCUGUGUUUGAGUGCCUCUAACUUACUAAACCCUAGCGUGAGCGUAAUGUACUCAAUUAUAAACUUCUGAGAAGUUUCCAUUUGUAUAUUCUAGUACAGGAACUGGACUAUAGAGUCCUGGUCAGUACGCGUUGUGACUUGUAAGUAGUUUGUAUCUUUGUACAUAGUGUAUAGGCAGGAGAACGGCAAUGGCACUUGGCCCGUUAGUGUUGAAAUGCACUUUUGAGACUGUUUAGUUUAAAUGCAUUGGUAUUGUGUUUGGGACAUAUCCCUACAGCUGCCCCCUUAUCUGCGGAGUAGUUGCUGGCUUAACAGGCAUGAAAAGGGGGCAGCGGAAGGCAUAUAUCCCAAACACAGCAGGGGAGGGUGGGUGGGUGUGGAGGAAGGUAGUGAGCUUAGACACCAUAUAUAUUGCUCUUGUGAGAGUAGUUGGGGUGUAUCCUUCCUUUUAUUGUGUGAUGACUACACUGUGCUUUACAGUUGAAGUCAGAUAAAGUGGUAUCUCCCACAUGUCUCUAUAAUGACAUUAGAAGUAAUGUCUCUGUAAACUUGCCCUCACAGUGCAUUGCGCUGGCAACAAAAAGGAAAUAUUGGUGUACCUGUUGUUUCCAUAAGGUUCCGGGGAGCAGAGAGGUAAGCCAGAUGCCAUUUUCUCACCCUCAAGGUGGAGAGCACUUAGCCUCCUAACCGGCAGCACUGGGGCCAAUUAAAUAUGUUCCAGUAAGGCACAACAGGAAAGUUAUAACCACAGAAACCACUUGCACUUUGCUAAUGGAAGGCUAAGAGCCACUUAUAGGCAGAAUAGCUGCUUUGAGGCUGGAGGCAGAAUUGUGCCAUAAGCAUUUCUUUGUGCUAUUAAUGGGUGCCAUGGGGUAUGUUUGCAGUCGGGUUGCACUGGUUUCCUGCUAUUUUGUCUGCAUUAGGGUAGUAACUCCCUAUUGCAUGAGAGCGCCAGUGAGCAGAGAAUCACUAGGGAACUCUUUAGAGAGGAGAUUGCAUGUAACAUUCUCAGAGCAAUACUCAAUGGCACCCAUGUGCCUCCCACCUCCAGCCUCUCAUGAAUGAGACCUGACUAAUGCGGUCAGUGCUAUAUUCUUUGGGGCAGCUGCGGGUCUCUGUGCUCCGAAACAGAGUUUGGACUAUUGCAAUUCUGAAAGCCAGAGAGACAGUAUUGUACUUUGCUCAUAAAUAACCCCUAAUGUGUCGUGAUGUGCAGUGAUCAGCCCUGUGCGUCAGUCACAUGACUGUUAGCGGUGCUGUGAUUCUCUGUGGUGCAAUCGAUUGCUCUGAGCCUCCCGAAUCCAGUGGGGGCCCCUGCAAGCCCCUAGCAGAGCAGAUGAGCUCUAACUGAGCAAGCUACGCUGGGGGGCCUGACCCCUAGAACUGAAUCAAGAACAUUCAAGGUAUCCAGGGCCCUCUGUGGGAGAAUUGAACCCAUUGCCUACUACAAGCUGGGAUUUGGAUAUCAAAGUUGACUCCAUUUCCUUAUCUUUCUCUGGGGCAGGUUGUGCCGUUCCUUUGCACUCCUCACAUCCUGUCGGGGACAUUACAUGCAGCUUCUGUGACAGAUUUUAUUGAUGGUUAUUUUCAUAAAGUCUUGUGCAGAGAUGACAGACAGCCCUGGACCUCCAGCUGUUUUGACGUGUUGCUCCCACCAUCAUUUAGCAGCUCCCAGCUGUCUCUGUCCCGCUGGGGGUGCUGAGAAUUAUUCUUCCCAACAGCUGGGGAGCCACGAGUUGAAGAUUCCUGGGUAAGGGAUACAGGGUCCCUCUUCAGUUCUUCUCUGGUGUUCAUGAUUGGUUGAGAAGAGUCCAUUUUCCUUCCUAACAAUUAUAUGGAGAUAUGGUGGGGGGGGCAUGACUUCUGUGUCUUUAGUCAUUUUAUGUUGUGCAUAAGUGCCUUAUUAAUUUAAUGGCUAUAAAUAAAUCAUCCAUUUGGAGGGGAGACUGUUAAAUUGAGAUUUAUUCCAAGUUUAAAAUCAAGUUAAACAGUGACUUCACCAUAAGUUUAUGAAUACCAGACCGCCGCUUGACAUUUAACUAAAAGAAUCUAUAGGCCCUGAGGAGAUGAGCCACGGACGGUAUCAGGACCCCAGGCCACUAAUAAAAAAUGCUGUGUGUUCUAAAAAUCAGCCCUAGAAGGACCUUGAUCCUGGCGAGGCAGGAGAGUUAUACAGGUUUGCCCUAUUGGAACGGUGGAGCAAUACAGGCCGCUUACUGGUGGGGAAGCCAUACUCAUGUGGCUGAGGAAUGACAAAGCACACUUUCAUGGUAUAUAUAUAGCACACUUUCAUGGUGCAAAUGCCCCGCUGUUAGCAGCCACAGGUUGAGAUGCACAUACACAUUUUGGCAUAUCCCCUAUUGCCACAGUUCUGCCAUCAAGUGUGGCAUGUAUGUAUCAAAGCCUGUGUUCCUGCAUGCGUUGGUUAAUGUGAGGCAGAAGCCUAAUACAAGAACUGGUUGUAGAACCAUUCACCUUUGCAGCCAGGUGUGUAUAGAAACAAUGCUGCCCCUUCUGGAGUAGAGUAGAGCUGCUCAGUGCUAGCCCUUGCCUACAAGCCAACACAGAGGGCUGCCAGUCCAAUGCCAGUAGGGUUCCCAUCUUUUUUGGAAAAGGAUAAAGACUAUUAUUCAUUUCGUUUGUGACGACUUCUUGGAGAGGCAGAUUUGGUAUCCACUCCUGUAUAUUUCCCUCCCUGCCCCACAGCACUCAAUUCCUAGCAUUCUGCUCCUUGCCCCCAAUACUCCCUGCAGCCCCCUAAAGCCCCACCAAACCUGUGUCUGUACAUAGAAUGCUGUAUAUUUAUAUGGACUAUUUCAAGCUGAGUUUUAAAGUUGUUUUUACUGAAACUUUGCAUAUUUGUAAAUGUGAUUAUUGCAUUUUUUUUAUAUCUCCAUGUAUAUAAAUACAUUUUUACAAAACCGCA